UCACAGGAAGAUGGCGCCGAUGGCUGGGAUGACGAUAAGGCAGACGAGCGGCACGGCAACCCAAGCGGCAUGUCUCCACAGCACGGCAUUGUCGUGGCGACCCCACCGGUCGAUGAUGCACUCCCUGAAACACAUAAAUCGCACACCCACAUGUACACACAAAAGCGCCCGGACGCGUCACACAACACACCAGGAGCCGUAGGCAAAGGGCAUCCCUCCGUCCCAGGUGAAGAGGCGAGAAGUUGGCACGAUGACCUUAGAGAGGUGCUUGACGUCGUAGGAAAUCGAUAGCACCAGCAUGGCCAGCACACUUAUCUGAAGAGAAAAGGCAUUUGCAGAUGCUCAGCUAUGAUGCAUCCGCCUGCCUGCAACUAUACCGAUGUAAGAUGGUUCAGGCCUAACUUGAAGAGUGCCUGUGGCAACAGGCAAACAUACAGUAGUGACAUACCAAUACUAAUGGAGAAAUGGAUUUACCGGAAUCACGUCGUCGCGAGGUCUUGUCCCAGCUCUGCAGAAAAGGAGAAACCCAGAUGGGCAAAGAGACGAAUGUAUGUACUUCUAUGCCUGCACGCACCUUUCUGCAAGCCAUGCGAGGCCGAAGAUGGCCACGAGAGAUGCGAUUAUCAAGAGAAAGGCGAACAGAAUGUUCCAGUGUACUUCACCGCAAGGAUGACACGGCUGUGUCGGCCCUCUUCUCGCAUAUUCCUUCUCGCACAGGCCACAUACGAAUCCCCGGUACUUGGAUCCUUUCUCUGACUGCAAACAUGGCCACAAAUAUGAGCAAACUUGGCUUAUAUGUAUCCCAACUUUACCAGGCAUUUGGUCAGCCCUGUGUCUUCGUCCACGCCAUCACAUGCCUGCUUGAAUGGACAGGGAAUCACCACAGGAAGCGUCGUGUUUUUGGCAGCAUAUCUGCAAAUGAACACAUGUGGAAGCGUCAAUUCCACAUGCCAUACAUAUUUCUACUAGGCGCUCCUCACGUUGUCAUUCUGUCGUCGUAGGUUAGCAGGUAGAACCCCUUCUUUGUGGGCACAAGGGAGCGAUUCUUUAUGGGUUGCUCGCAGUCGAGGCCCUGCAUAUCCUCGAUGCACUUCUCGCAUCUAAGUUUGCUGCUGUGCCUGCGAAAGAGACACAGACACACAACAACGAGACUUGCACGUCGCCUGCCAGCCGCGGCUUACUUGAUGAAUCCAUUUGUACAGUAACACAAUUCCUUGUCUGUGCUGCCUUCUGGCGAGAUUAAGUCGGCUCCACACUGUUCGCAAGUUGCCUUGCCGUUUUCAAUUUUGCCGUACUGUCCUGUAGCAACACAAAGCACUAUCUUGUUUUUGCUCCGUGGAACCAGAUGAACAAUCUACGGACAUACCUGCAGGCCACUUCCGACAUGUGUCCUUGUCUCUUUCAUACCCUAUCUCACAAUUCUUCUGGCACAU